AUGCGCUCUCUGCGCGGCAUAUUCGACGAACUGAUCGCCGCUGCACUUUCUCCCAAAAUCCCAAUGACCCUGGUCCACUGGAUAUCGCGCAUGUGCUUGCGGCGGCUGUACAGCGAUGAAGAAACCGACGAGCUGCGCGGGAUUAGCGCUGUGACGGAUAUUGAUCUGUAUCUGCUAGUGUGUCUAAACACUGUGCUGGAUCUACUGAUGGGCUGCACGAGCGGCGGGGUACGAACAAUACAAUCUGAAUCAACAAAAACAUGGUCAACAACAAAAAUGCUGCAUUUUAGGACACUGGACUGGGCCAUGGAUCCGCUGCGCGACUUGAUCGUCCAGCUCGAUUUUUAUCGCGAUGACAUUGAGGAGAAAGUGCUUGCUUCGAGUAUCACGUAUGUAGGAUUUGUUGGCGUGCUCACGGGCGUGCGCCGAGACCUAAGCGUGUCCCUGAAUUUUCGGCCUGUGCAUGAUACUACGAAGAACUGGACGUUUUAUGCAAAUCAUCUACUUGUGCUGCUGGGGAUGAGGCAGUCUAUUUCAUCGCUGCUGCGGGAGUGCAUCCUACUUCCUCCCGGGAGGUUAGGUACAUCAUCCACACCGGAAAAGUCAAAAUUGUCGACUCUGGACGAUAUUGUUGCCAACGUGCCCGGUAUGCCGACGACAGCGGCAUAUCUCAUCUUCAGCGAUGGUGACAGAACAGUAACCAUGGAGAAAGACUAUCGCAAGGCAGCAGUCUGCUCUUCCUCGUCAUUUAUCGUUGCAACAAACCACGACCAACAGCCUGAUUCUGCAAAAAGCAGAGGCAAUCAUUUCGGCCUGAGUUUGAUUUCAUCCGAUGCACAAACCGUGUCCGAUAUAAUCGAAGAAAGCAGCGAAAGGCGCGCGUGCAUGCAAGACAAAUGGGACAGGAAAGUUGCUCAGAGAGAUUCCUCCUAUCCACCGCGGGUUCAGGGCAUGCGGUCGUCAUUGCGCUUGCGGCAAAGACGUGAGCAUACAGCGAAUGAGACAUGUGCUGAUGUGGCGAUAACACAAAAUGAAGCGAUUGAGUGGCUCACGACGUAUCCGGUGCUGAAUGAGUCGACUCACUAUGCAGCCAUAAUGGAUCCAACGAGAGGCAAGGUGGUGUGGGCGAAGCUGUAUAAUAUUUAA